UGUGGAUCCUGAGGAGUCUGAGUUUCAUUCAUCUGUUCUUCGAUUUCAUUAUAGCUCAAUGAGGACCCCGCCCUCUGUUUACGACUAUGAUAUGGAUUCAGUGGUGUCAGUGCUGAAGAAGAUUAAACCCAUAAGGUUUUAGGUGGAUUUGACGCAUCAAAUUAUGUAACAGAAAGGAAAUGGGCUGCUGCUGCCGAUGGCACUCAGAUCCCGAUGUCCGUUCUGUACAGUUCUAAAUGUCCAUAGGUUUUAGGUGGAUUUGACGCAUCAAAUUAUGUAACAGAAAGGAAAUGGGCUGCUGCUGCCGAUGGCACUCAGAUCCCGAUGUCCGUUCUGUACAGAAAAGAUCUUGUGAAGCUUGAUGGCUCAGACCCAAUGCUGCUAUAUGGCUAUGGCUCCUACGAGAUUUGCAUUGACCCGAGUUUCAGAGGAUCCAGAUUAUCUCUGGUAGAUAGGGGUUUUAUAUAUGUGAUAGCUCAUAUUCGUGGUGGUGGUGAAAUGGGCCGGAAGUGGUUUGAGGAUGGGAAGCUUUUGAAGAAGAAGAAUACUUUUACUGAUUUCAUUGAUUGUGCCGAGCACUUGAUAAAAAACAAAUACUGUUCCAAGGAAAAGCUUUGCAUCAAUGGAAGAAGUGCAGGUGGCCUACUGAUGGGUGCUGUCCUAAAUAUGAGGCCUGACUUAUUCAAGGCUGCUGUUGCCGGAGUCCCUUUUGUUGAUGUUGUCACAACUAUGCUUGAUCCAACUAUCCCACUGAAACAGCUGAAUGGGAGCUGUGCAAUUGAGAGGAGCAGAGGUGCAGGACAUGGCUUGAAUGGCCCGUGAGGGAGAUGGAUUCGGAGGAGUCCAUGCUGGAUUUGUGGCUCGGGUAGGAGGAGCGGCUGAGGAGAUGGCGUGCUUUGGUAUGUUGGAGAUGCAGCAAAAUUUGAUGGAGAGAGAUGAGGUCAUGGCGGUGAUGUUGGAGCUUGGGGAUUUUGGAGAUGGUCGUAUGGUCUGUUCUGUGUUUGGUUUCAUGACAAAGUGGGGAUACGCUCGCAGCUGAAGUAAGAAAUUGGCCACUGAAUUUAACUUGCUUCAUACUGUAGUGACAAAGGAGAGCAGGAGAUGGCCAAACAAAUGAGCUCAAGAGGUGGCCAACAACAUAUUUUUACAACGAUCUCCACUUUGGCUUUUUGAUGCUACGUACCAUUCUAAAACCAACACUCAAAGAGUUAUUUAGCUCAGUGCCUCUGCAAAAUUCCUGGCUGAUUGAUUGAGGAUUGAUUCAUGUGUUUUUUCUACCUGUUAGUUUGCAAUGUGAUACCCUGGACUCUCUAUCAUGAUCUGC